ACACAAUGGGUGCUUAUCUAAUUACACCGGCAAUUGGCUCGCAUUUUGUUAUGUUCUUGGCAAAGAUGCAAGAAAACUCGAAAUCGGGAUUGCCACCUAUUGAUGUUGAGAGAUUUGUUUUUGUGCUUAAAGGUUCGGUGACUCUCAUCGAUGCAUCAGCCAUCAGUCACAAACUAGAGGUGGAUUCAUAUGCUUAUCUUCCUCCAAACUCUAAACAUUCCUUGAACUCUGAUGCAUCUGCCACACUUGUUGUAUUUGAAAGAAGGUAUGCCUAUUUGGAAAAUCAUAUUGUCGAGCAAAUUGUUGGUUCAACAGAUAAGCAGCCCCUUCUUGAAACUCCAGGCGAGGUGUUUGAGCUUAGGAAGCUUCUUCCAACUUCUUUGCAUUACGAUUUCAACAUUCAUAUAAUGGACUUUCAACCAGGGGAAUUCCUCAAUGUAAAGGAAGUCCACUAUAACCAACAUGGGUUAUUGCUUUUGGAAGGGCAGGGUAUCUACCGCCUGAGGGAUAGCUGGUAUCCAGUGCAAGCUGGGGAUACAAUUUGGAUGGCACCAUUUGUGCCUCAGUGGUAUGCUGCUCUUGGCAAGACGAAAUCACGCUAUUUGCUGUAUAAAGAUGUGAACAGAAAUCCAUUGUAACAACAAUUUGACAGUCCUCAGUCAUGUUAAUCCAUUUUGAAGCAUGUUCCAGGCUUCGCUUAUUCUAACUUAGCUUGAAUUAAGUACACUAAGAUUGGUUCUUUUUUCAUGCCCAUCUCGAAACUCUGUGUAUUGCUCGUAGCACUCGAACUCUUGGUAGCUUGGUUCCAAAUAUAUAUUUAAUGUCAACAUAUAAAAUUUUCAACGUUAUUCUGGCAUCUGUACAAUUGGUCGAGCAUUACUAUAUCUGAUACUGGUUUAUUUAUCUUAGCACGCUGUGGUGUUGUUAUUUCACAAGACUCAAAUGAAUGGAAAGUAUUUAUUUCAGUUUA